GAAUUUGCCUUAUAUUUCCGAACAUCUGUAAAUAGGGUAAUAAUGGAGGAAAACUGCUGAAUACUCCAGAAAUUAUAUUUAUCUUUGUGAAAAUUCUCAAUUCUUGUUUGUACGAAUGACUGAUGGAACUUCCAAUGUUCGAAGCGAAACUUGUUCAUGCAGAAAAUCGACUUUGAACAGUAUUUGUGUUGUGAAACGUACAUGGAACUUGUGUCAAAAUGUAAACGAAAUAGACAUAUUGGGACCACUUCAUCGUGGAAUGACAUGAAGUCACUAACAUUUUCUCUAUAUUCCUAAGAUUUUACUUUGGGAACAGUCUUAUAACUUUAUAUAAUAAUGGACGCAAGAAACAGCAUGGAGAAGAAAAAAGAGCAAGCACGUAGAGAGAGGGAGAUACAAGCUCGGAUGUUUAAGGAGGAGCAGAGGAAAAAUGUCUUUCCGACAAAUACGGGCCUUUUCUCAGAGCCAGUGAAAAAGACUACCAUUGACCCAAUAGCCAAGAGGGUGCAAGACACCUUGGGGAAGUGUAGGCCGGAAUAUUCUGAUGCUAUUGGGAUUACCCAUCAACCUGCCACACCCUUACCAAAGGACAAAAGGAUGCCCUUUCAUAAUGUUGACACAAAAAGACCAGAUCAUAGAACUCAAUAUCCAAAACCUAAACCAGAGACUACAGACGGAUCCAAAAGACCUGUAGAAGAGAAAUCGAACCCCAAAAAUCACUCAAAAUCAUAUUCUUACAAAGGUUACCUUGAGAAACAGCGAAACACUGCAUCGCAUGAUCAAAUCUCCACCUCAGACAAGAAAUCACAUCCACCUGCUCCAUCUUCCACUUCCUUCAGUGGCCACAAACAAGAUCAUCAAAACCAAAAUCACCAAGGAAAGAAGGAAACCCUGUCCCCUAGCCCUGUCAAAAGGGAACAGGUCACACCAGUGAAGAAUGGCCCAGUCAAUGGAUGCAGCAGUGAGGAGAAGGGAAAAAUCAGCACCAACAAGAUUAAAGUCCAGCCCACAAAUGGCCUACUGAAACCCAAAAAUGCCAAUCUUCCACGUCUCCAUAUUAAAAAGGAGACAGAUCAUAGUGUUGAAGAAAUUCUGAAGGAAAUGACCCAGUGGCAUCAGCCUCAUACAGCAAUACAGACACCUCACAAAGACGAAAUGAAGUUUCCAUUUCCAUCCAGUCCACCCACCAAUGGCACAGUUAAGGUACAUGGCACACUUAAGAAGGAAAGCAAUGCAUCUGAACUCCAAACCAAAAGAAAUCCCGAUGUAGAGGAAGAUAGGACUUCUCCAGCUAGAAAUCUAUCACAUCUGCGAUAUCCAGAGAGAGACAAAGCAGCUGAAUCGACAGUGAAAACACAAAGUACACCCAGUUCCAGGCCAACAAAUUCUGCCAGUGGACCAGGCACCAAUGCCCCAACAAAGGAACAAAGAAUGAACACUGGGGAUUCUAGCAGCUCUUCAGAAGAUGAAUCAGAUAGCAAUGAAUCUGAUAGUGAGAGUCAAUCCUCAGAGGAAGAUGAAAAGAGUGAUGACAAUGAGGAAGAAGAAGAUGAUGAUGAUGACGAUGAUGAAGAGGAUGAGGAAGAAGAGAAGGCUCCAGCCACUCUUAAAUCCUCAGUGAAUUCAUCAGCCUCAGAUAAAGAACAUGACACAUCAAAAAGUUCAACUUGCUCCACAUGGGCAUUAAGUAACUUCAUUAAAACAAAUGUGGAAUCUCCGAUCUCCCAGCUUCCCAGUUCCAACGACAAUUCCAAAUUGUCGGAUAAACCUAAUACAACCACAUCAGAGAAAGACAAUGAACAAGUUAUAGAUGACCUGUUGAAUCAUAUUGAUGACCAUACAGGGGGGCUGGGAUGGUCCCCUGUGGUGUACCCCACAAAACACAAACAUACUCAACAAAAAUCACCAUUUAGCAGUUAUAGCACACGUCAACCAUCUCCAUCUAAAUCUAGCAAUCGAACUUCAUCAAGUGAGAAGAGUGAAAGACUCAAAACCUCCACCCCCGAGAUGAAGGGUCGUGUUCCUAGGAAAAAAGUGAGGGAGCCGACUUUGUCAUCUGAGGAAUCACAGAGUGAAAACGAAGAGGUAGAUGUAGAAUCAGUGACUCCAGGGAAGGAAAUUAUUCCCGAAAUACUGAGACGGAAUGCAGGGUCUGUCUCAGAAGUGACAAAACGUUUGAGUUUUGAGAAUGGGGCUAGUGAUACUUUAAAUCAAGUGACUCCAAGUAGUGAAAAGAGGAAUAAGGCCAAAGAGAGAAGAGACCAAAAGUUCCCAACAAGGAGACAAGGGAAAGAAAAUAAAGAAAAUAAUGAUAAGAAAAAUGCCAGUUGUGAUGAUAUUAAAAAUAUAAUAGACCAAAUUACUGUGAAUCCACCCUUGUCACCGAUACCAAACGUUCCAGAAAAUUCAAAUCCAAAACCUUCAAUUCCAGGUUUAACUUAUGAUAGUUGUGGUAAACCCAGCAUUAUAGUUCGUUUCAACCUGUCAGUAGCAAAACCUAGUGUCAAAUGCAAUACUUCCCCAAGUCCUUUGUGUUCAGGUUUUAAGAAUGAAAAGCUGUGUUCAGACGUUAAAAGUGAACUGAGUGAUAGUGACAUGGAUAUAGAUGACGACAUUGUAGAUUCCAAGGAUCUCAUUGAGUGUCCUAAACCCAUAUCCCCACACCAUAAUAAUACGACAGUGCCAUUCUCAUCUCAUUACUCGCCUCUUACACUGAAUGGUGAUAUUACUAGUGGAAAACGGAAAUCAGACUCGGACUUUCUUGAAAAUGACAAAAAACGUGCUAAAAGUGAAAAGAAAACUAGCAAACGGAACAGUUUAGGAAAUUCUCGAGAGAGAAUAAGUCACACAAACGACCACGAGUGGGAUAUGAAGCAUCCACAAAGGUCAGGGGUCAAGGAGCGAAGGUCAAGCUCCAGUAGUAAUUCUAGUCAGCGCAGUAGCACCAGUACUCAAGCCAAGAAAACCAAAAACCAGAGCACCGAACCGGACAUAACCAGCCAUCAGAUGAACGACAAGGAGGAGUUAGAGGUUCCAGGUAAUGGGCCAGAGAACAGUGGUCAGUAUCCUUCAUCAGUGGAGAUGACCAGCUACUCCCGAGGGGGUGAGGGAGACGUAGCACAUGUCCCUAGUCCCCAGACCCGAAAGUCGGCCAAAGUCGUCGAUGAAUGGUGUGCCCUCUCCCCAGAUACCUACCUCCAGCUUGCUCGGGAGCUGAAGCACCAGGCAGACAACAUGAAUAGUGAUAAGCUACAAAAAGCUAUGAAGUAUUUAGAGUCCUUUAUAGCCUUUGUUCAGUGUGGGAUGGCCAUGGAACGCACCAAUUCGGACCAGACCAAAAUCUUUAACAUGUACAGGGACACCCUCAAAUUUGUCUCGCACAUAAGCCAAAGGAGAGGAAGUCAUGAGUCCAACAACAACAUGUCCACCAAGGAGAAAAUCAUAUCAGUAUUGAGCUUGAGAAUCCAGUCUCUGUUGAAUAUGAAGCUGUACAAGCUGAAGAAAAAUGAUACUCUGAAACUGAAAAGAGUAAUUGAGGAUUAUAACAAGAGUAUGGUCUCUAAGCCACCACCAGCCCCGCCCAUCAGCCACGCCCCCUCACCUCAUCAGAACAGCUGGAGCAGCCGCCUAAACAGGACCCCCUCACCGAUGUCCCCCACUCCCUCCCCAGCGGGCAGCACAGGGUCACUGGAAUCCAGGGGCAGUAGCAUUGAUCUCACCCCAUCUAAACUUCCUAAUGGAAACAUGCACAUGUCCCCGGCCACCAUUACGUACCCUCAGCGCAUACAUUCCAUCACUCAGCAGUACAUCACAUCCACUGGCUACCUGGUGCAGUCACAUGACCUCUGGGACCAAGCCGACGUCAUCAUGCAGGAGGUCAAAGGGUUCUUUGACGAUUUAGAUGAGCACUCAGAAUCCCUGACACUUUUAUGCAGUAUACAAGACCUGGUCUGCUAUCUGCAGAAAGUGGUUGAGAAGUUAAAAGACACUUGAAAAUUCCUGUGAGAAGCAGGUGCACAGUACGACUCAAGUGGUGCUCUUGUUCGAUCCUGGAAAUUCCGAUUGGGUGUUCAAGUAUUCUCAUUGUUCUCUACUGCGCGGGCUCAGCCACAGGGGGAAAGGGUGGCAGAAUUAAAUAUUUGGUGCUCAAAGGUGAAAGGGUCAAAGUGGAAUUAUACCAGUGAAGGCAGCUAUCUCAUGACAGACUCUAUAUCACAAGUGUGCUUUCAAUCAAUUUGCGAAUAGUCGCCUUUUCUCAAAAUGUGAUACGAAAAUACGACGGAGUUUCAAAUCUUGUAUAGUGCAAAUUACUUGUGCAAAACUAUAUUAUCAAGAACUUUAUAGCAUUCACUGUAGAUUAUACAGAAUCUUGACAUUUGUCUGUGGCAAUUUUAAAACAUAUUUAUUAUUUGUGCAUCAAAUCAUUUCCAGUGUUUUGGUCUUCCAAGAAAGUUUCUACAUGAAGAUGAGUAAAACGCAAUGGAGACACAAGUCCUUCCUAAAAAUUUGACUUUGGAUUGUUGAGACAGUUUUUCGUUUUUGAUGUUUUCAUUUUGUUGUGUGCAUGUGAUGCCAUAAUGAUCAUGUCUUUGAUGCAGUUAUGUACCACGGGAAGGAGUAAGGUUUAUCCAACUUUUAAAUAAUGUUGCAUGAAUCAAAUGGAUAGUAUUUAUUUUAAGUUAUGAGAUGUAUAAGUUAUUCAUUUUUUUUUUUAUACCAGAACUAGUCAAAAGAGAAAUACACCAAACCAAUCCUAAAACCUCCACAAUGACUGUUGUCACUUCUUCAGCCCACCCGGUACUAUUCCUCCAUUUGACAAAACGAUUCCACACAAAUUGCCAUUAGAGUUAUCUUCCAUUACCAAAAUUAAAAUCAACUUGUAUUCAAAAAGCUCCAAAAAUCUGAUACCUUGAAAAAAUUGGGAAUAGAUAAAUCUUGGUUUUAUAUAAUUUUAUUGGGAAUUAGUUAAAGUAGAUGAUUGUAAUUAUACAGAUUAAAUCGCUACCACUUUGUGGUUUUUUCUCUUCUUGAUCUCAUCCAGUCUACCUGAAUAGAGUACUUACUAACUGUGCACAAAAAGCUAUUGUUGAAUAGUUAUGCAAAUUUUUUAACAUUACUUUCACAAACUGAAUGUUUAAUUGAUAUGUGGCUUCUUGAUAACAAGAAUUUCAGCUAUCCAGAUCAGUUCGUCAAGUCAAUCAUAGCAUGUCAGACCUGAUGAAGGGAAUUUGGCAAGAAGGAAUUUGGCAAAAAUGUGAAACAUGUAGGCCAAAAAAUUAAAAAAUCUUUCCUCAGAGGAAAGAACAUUUAGUUCUUUGAAUAAUACCAGAUAACCAAUUAAACCGGGGGGGGGGGGGGGGGGGGG